CAAGGACUAAAAAUAUCAGUCCAAUACAAAACAUAGAACUCAAAGGAAAAAAGACUAUCAAGAGAACAAACAGAAGAUAAUCUGGGCUCCAUUCCCGCUCUUUAUUGCCCUUACAUACUGUCUACGCUCCUUGUGGCCAUGUGCUCUCUAUCCCGUUUUUAAAUGUCCCUCCAUUGGUAAAAGCUGUCGCCUCGCUUCAUUUUAUUACCUGCUUCUCCCAGAGUUAGCAGCACCUCCAGGCUCACAGUGCACUUGGUAGGGAGGACAGCGAUUUAUCCAAGCGGCCCAAAGUUGGGUUUCGGUAGUUGGGUAACACCCUUUUAUUGACCCUUUUGUAAAGAAUGCGUGUGUUUGUGUUGCUCCGACGCAGAAAUCUGGGAAGGGCGCUGCACAGCGUUGUCCAGCGCGGGGGAGACGCCCCUGGGCCCGUAGUCGCACCUGCCCAGGUGUGCUCGCACGGUGGGACCAGGGUGGGCAACAGAUUUCACCUCAGGCAAGUUGGCAGCCGGAGAUCCAUGCGACGCCGGUCUCGGAGAGACACCGACCUCCCCGCCCACUCUGCGCAGUUCCGGUGACGUACCUUCGCGCCGCCCAAUCAGCGCCCGGAGCCCGCGGGCUUGGGAUUCAAACUGCUGCUCCGCCGGCUGGCGGGGAUCGGCGCUGGCGCGGCUGCUGCCGCUGCUGCCUGCUCGCCAUGGAGCAUCGCAUCGUGGGGCCCGGGCCUUACAGAGCUACCAGGCUGGUGAGUGAGUGUGCGGGGGCCUGGGCGGAGCCGCCGGUGCUGCGAGCUCCCAGUCUACGAGCGGACAGAGUGCUUGUCAGUCUUCGCUUCUGCAGUUCAGCGGGGCCCGGGUGUGGAGCGUUUCAGCUGAGACUGCUGGGGCUGCUUUUUACUGGACCAGGCUCAAAGAAAGGCUAAAGGGGCCCAGAGCUCAGCCGGCCGGGGUGGAAUGAGACCGUGGAGCUUUUUCGUGCUAAGAUGCCGUUACGGAAACAUCGCUGUCGUUUCAAGAGCUACGAGCAUUGUUUCACAGCUGCCGAAGCUGUGGAUUGGCUGCAUGAGCUGCUGAGGUGCAGUCAAAACUUCGGCCCCGAAGUGACCCGCAAACAAACGGUCCAGCUGCUAAAAAAAUUCCUGAAGAAUCACGUUAUUGAAGACAUCAAGGGAAAAUGGGGUCAGGAAGAUUUUGAAGACAAUCGUCACUUAUACAGAUUUCCUCCUUCUUCACCCCUGAAACCAUAUCCAAAGAAACCCCCAUACCAAAAGGAUGUUAUUAAGUUUCCAGAAUGGAAUGAUCCCCCACCAGGCACUUCACAAGAGAACAUCCCAGUGAGGCCAGUUGUGAUGAAUUCUGAGAUGUGGUACAAGCGUCACAGUAUUGCUAUUGGAGAGGUUCCAGCUUGCCGUCUUGUCCACCGCAGACAGCUGACAGAGGCCAAUGUAGAAGAGAUAUGGAAGUCUAUGACAUUAUCAUAUUUACAGAAAAUUCUUGGCCUGGAUUCCUUAGAAGAAGUUUUAGACAUCAAACUUGUCAAUUCGAAGUUCAUCAUCCAUAAUGUAUAUAGUGUUAGCAAGCAGGGAGUUGUUAUUCUUGAUGACAAGUCAAAAGAACUUCCUCAUUGGGUGCUGUCAGCUAUGAAGUGUUUGGCAAAUUGGCCCAACUGUUCUGAUUUGAAGCAGCCUAUGUACUUGGGAUUUGAAAAAGAUGUCUUUAAAACCAUAGCUGAUUACUAUGGUCACUUGAAAGAGCCUCUGCUUACAUUUCAUCUUUUUGAUGCUUUUGUCAGUGUACUGGGUUUGUUACAGAAAGAGAAAGUGGCAGUUGAAGCAUUUCAGAUUUGCUGCCUUCUCCUGCCUCCUGAAAAUAGGAGAAAGUUACAGCUAUUGAUGAGGAUGAUGGCAAGGAUUUGCUUAAACAAAGAGAUGCCACCCCUGUGUGAUGGCUUUGGUACCCGAACACUGAUGGUUCAGACAUUUUCCCGGUGCAUCUUGUGUUCCAAGGAUGAAGUGGACUUGGAUGAGUUAUUAGCUGCUAGAUUGGUAACAUUUCUGAUGGACAAUUACCAGGAAAUUCUGAAAGUCCCUUUGGACUUGCAGACCUCUAUAGAGGAGCGUGUGGCUCAUCUACGAAGAGUCCAGAUAAAAUACCCAGGAGCUGAUAUGGAUAUCACUUUAUCUGCUCCAUCAUUUUGCCGUCAAAUUAGUCCAGAGGAAUUUGAAUAUCAAAGAUCAUACGGCUCUCAGGAACCUCUGGCAGCCUUGUUGGAGGAAGUCAUAACAGAUGUCAAACUCUCCAGCAAGGAGAAGAAGAAGAAACUCAAGCAGUUUCAGAAAUCCUAUCCUGAAGUCUAUCAAGAACGAUUUCCUACACCAGAAAGUGAAGCACUUCUGUUUCCUGAAAAACCCAAACCGAAACCACAGCUGCUAAUGUGGGCACUAAAGAAGCCUUUCCAACCAUUUCAAAGAACUAGAAGUUUUCGAAUGUAAUAAUACUUCCACAGCAACAGGCGCCAGAGACCACUGUUGUUUUGAGUGAAUGGUGGUUAGGAGAAAGACUUUGGUGGUGCAAGAAAGAAAAGCAUAAAACAAAGACUAAUGAAAUAUAGAUAAAGAUUGGCUUAGUUUUUAAAAAUGUUUAGCCAUUAGUAUUUUUAUAAAACUCAAUGCUAUUUUUAAAGUGUAUAAAUUGGUUAAAAUUUAUGAGUCAAAUAUAUAGUGAUAAUGUUAACAUGUUUGUAAUUGUUACAAAAUUUAAGGGUAUUUUUAUCUCUGCUUUCUUUUUCAUGGUGUUUAUUAAAUAAUUGUGUAUAUACAUCCUAGCUACUAAUAUCUUUAUUACAGCCUUAAGACUUAAUUUUAAGUCUUAAAAAUAGUGUGUAUACUUGAAUAAGAAAGACACUGGGUACUGUUAAUAUGAUGCUAUUGACUUAGUAGCCAAUUAUGAUUUCUCCUGUAUAAAUUCCAGUUUUUAUUGCUGCACAUAAAUUUUGUAAUGUCUUAUAUUGUGAUGGCUAUGUCUUUUAUUGCAGAUUUAUUGGAUAUUAUGACAGAUUUUACUAAAGCUAGUAUUUUUAUAACAUAUAUAUUAGUUGAUGUUUACCUAUAAGUGGAGUAGAUUUUCAUCUGCCUGCAAUGGUAUAAUUUCAGUCCUAGCUAAAAAUGGAAAGUUGAACUGGAUAAAUUCUUUGGGUACCCUUAGACCUGUGAUUCUAAGUCAAACACAAAUGGGUUAAAUAAAAUGAGACUACUUCUAUUAUAUAUUUUCAUCCUUUUGAAAGUAAGUGAAAUGUAAAUAAAUUUAUUUUUUUUAAA